AUGCCAUCGAUCAAUAGAGCACCUGUUGAAUUAGAAAUUGCAAGGGAUCAUAUUUUGCAUACUGGCCGCCAUCAACGUUUCGAACUGAAGAAAAUUGAACCUUGGAAUAGUGUGAAAGUCACAUUCGACAUCCCCAAAGAAGCAGCUGAUCGUCUAAAAUUACUUGCUAUCCAAGGAAAUAAACGUCUCAAAGAAUUGGGCAUAUUGUCUGUUGAAAUUGGUCAUUCGUCUACUAUUUCACUGAAACAAAAUGAAAGCGCACGAGAUACGAACAGUAUUGAUCCACAACGAAAAUUAUCUUCCAACUCUAGCACUGCUGGAUUAUUAUCCGACAGCUUGCAGCAGUCAGUUUCUACUACGGCAGCGACUCUCUCAGCGCCACAGUUACCAUUUUUCGGUGCAAAUAAUGACACAAUCUCAACUGGACGAAGAAAAGGGACAGAUCAACAAUCAACUCAGCGUCGUCGCGCAAGAGAUCCGUCUACAACAACAAGCCGAAAAAAACGGACGAAAGCAUCUAAUUCAAAUGCCCAACAAAUUACAAACGCUAUUGAUUCAACUAUAUCAGAAACCAGAUUUCAGUCGUCUGCCUCCGAUACAGCUGUUUAUAAUAACAAUACUACUACAAAUAAUUCAUUGUUACCAGAGUCUUAUAAUCGAUCGCUAUCGUCGACAAAUAUUGAUCAGUAUGCUAAUUCAAACGCUAAAACCGGAACAGUACCAUAUUCAACCAACUCAGGAACAAUUCAUGGUCAAAACCAACACCCUCAACGAACGACAACUGCAAACGAUAUUAAAACUGCUUGUCCACAACAAAAUUCAACAACAUUCAGUAGACCAUUAUCAACAUCAGGAACAAAUCAAAAAUUCCAGUAUAUGCAUCAACCAGCGAACUCUUUAUUGGUCACACAACAUCAAACAACAUCAGAUGAUCUGUCAUCUAAUGGAAGACCGAUGCAGAUAGGAAGUACACCCGGUUAUCCCACUCCUCAUCCCCAACCACAGCAACAGUUUCAUCAUCCAUUACAUCCGCAUUUACAACAACACCAACAAAAGUCAAUGUCAAUGCCAAUGUUUAACUCGUCUCAUCCAAGUCAUCAGAAUGUAACAGCUGUUUACGUUAGAAAUAAUAGUCAACCAUCACAAACAAGUCCAGGUCCAAUGAGGCAGAACAAUGUUACUCCUAAUAUGGGCUCGUAUAUCAGUAACGCUGAACUUGCACGCAAACAAAAUUUGCCUCGUUCCGCACCGACAAAUUAUACGAACAAUAUUGAGAUGAAUGGUGACCCGUUAAAUAAUGACUUAUGGCUAUCGUAUCCUGAUCAACAACAGCAACAUUCAAUUUACAAAACAAAAGUAAAUGGUGUACAUACAUCUCCCCCAUCAUCCACAAUGUCACUGAACACACCUCCGUCACCCGAUUACAUUCGUACAUUAAUGUCUAAUAAUAAUGCAAUGGUUGACCCUCAACAAAGUGGCAAUCUUAUGUUAUCCGCUUCACCUCAUGGACAAACAAAAUGUAGCAGCGUUUCCUCAUUAUUUUUUAAACAACAACAAAAUUCGUCCUACGAUAUGAUGUUACCGUCGCCGAACACGAGAACAGUUUCCUCAGCACCGUCCUCAAAUUUUAAUCCAAAUAAUGCAUCACAGAUGUCAACAGUAAAUAAUGCGAAUACUGGACGUACUUCAGCCAAUUCACUCGUUGGAGUUUUUGGUAAGCAUCAUUUUGUGCUAUUGAAAGUAUCGUUUCUACAAUCAUCAUAA